AUGGGAGACCAGCAAGAGAUCGACCUUGACUCCGUCAUUGACCGAUUGUUAGAAGUGCGCGGCAACCGACCCGGUAAAGCCGUUCAACUGGCUGAAUACGAGAUCAAAUAUCUCUGUACCAAGGCUCGUGAAAUCUUCAUCAGCCAACCCAUCCUCCUCGAGCUUGAAGCGCCCAUCAAGAUAUGCGGUGAUAUCCACGGACAAUAUUACGACCUUCUGCGACUCUUCGAGUACGGAGGUUUCCCCCCCGAAGCAAACUACCUCUUCCUCGGUGACUACGUCGACCGAGGCAAGCAAUCGCUUGAAACCAUCUGCUUGUUGUUGGCGUACAAGAUCAAGUACCCGGAAAACUUUUUCAUCUUGAGAGGAAACCACGAGUGCGCCAGUAUCAACAGGAUCUACGGGUUCUACGAUGAGUGCAAGCGUCGUUAUAACAUCAAGCUUUGGAAGACCUUUACCGACUGCUUCAACUGUCUUCCCAUCGCCGCCAUCAUUGACGAAAAGAUCUUUACGAUGCACGGUGGAUUGAGUCCCGACUUGCAAAGCAUGGAGCAGAUCAGGAGAGUGAUGCGACCGACAGAUGUCCCUGACACUGGUCUUCUCUGUGACUUGCUUUGGUCUGAUCCCGACAAGGAUAUCACUGGAUGGAGCGAGAACGACCGAGGUGUCUCGUUCACUUUCGGUCCGGACGUUGUCUCUCGGUUCUUGCAAAAGCAUGAUAUGGACCUGAUCUGUCGAGCGCACCAGGUCGUCGAGGACGGUUACGAGUUCUUUGCCAAGCGACAGCUUGUCACUCUCUUCUCUGCCCCCAAUUACUGCGGUGAAUUCGAUAACGCGGGUGCCAUGAUGAGCGUAGAUGACACUUUACUCUGUUCAUUCCAAAUCCUCAAACCCGCAGAGAAGAAGCCGAAAUACGGCGGUUACCCCGGUGGCCGGCGUUAG